AUGAGAAUCAGACAUGAUAUCAGCGAUUUGUCAACACUUGAGGUCCUCGAUACAUCCACCGUAUUAAAUUCGCUCAAGUCCCGAUUCCAAGAAGGUCUUUAUUAUACCUACAUUGGUGACAUUCUCGUGGCAAUUAACCCGUGUCAACCAGUCAAUCUUUAUGAAGCUCACAAUCAUGAACGCUACAAGAACUUGUAUGAAAGAAGAAGGGAAACGCCUCAUAUCUAUUGGGUUGCCGAUGAGCUUUACCGGAACCUGAGAGAUUCUGGUGAUGACCAAUGCGUCAUUGUGAGUGGAGAGUCCGGUGCCGGAAAAACAGAAAGCAUAAAACACAUUCUUAACCACGUCAUUCGACUAGGUCCAAAUAAUGUCGGAGAUCUUGUCCAACAACUUGACCAGGUUAAUCCUCUUCUGGAAUUAUUUGGCAAUGCUACAACACCACUUAAUAAGAAUUCAAGUCGAUUCUGCAAAUUCAUUGAAUUACAGUACGUUGCAGACGGACAAUUACAAAAUGGUCAGAUUCAAUUCUUUAUUCUUGAAAAAUCUCGACUUAUACAAAGACACCAGAAUGAGAAGAAUUUUCAUAUCUUCUAUGCAUUGCUGGGAGGACUGGACCCUGGUAUUAAAAGCCAAUUCUCUUUGGGAGAUGUGGCAGACUACAGAAUUUUGGUUGGUGAAGACGAAGCCGCUCCUGUAUUUAACAACCAGGAAGAUUACAGAGAGUUCAUAAAUAAAUUUGAAGCUUUGGAAAUUGCCCUGCAAAAGAUUGGAUUUAAGGAUGAGGAAAUCGAGAACAUAUACAGUGUACUGUCAGCUAUUCUCAACUUGACAAACAUUACUUUUGAAUAUAGCGAAGACCAAACAAAAUUGGAUUUUAUAGAUCCAUCUCAAAUUGAAUGCGUUGCUCAUUUACUAAGCAUCGACAAUGUUGAAUCUUUGGAAAGCAGUCUUUUGUUCACAAAGCUCAGUGUUGAUGAUAUUAAGAAGCCGAAGACGUUAGCUGAAGCAAACGAAAGUCGGGAUGCAUUGGGAAAGGAAUUGUACCAUCGUCUUUUUUCUUGCAUCAUUGACAAAAUCAAUUCCAAAUUGAGAGAAAGUGUUACUAACAGCCCAACGCUUCAAACGAAAAAAUUACCAACAAUCAACUUAUUGGAUAUCUCCGGUUUUGAGAAUCUCAACGUGAAUGGAUUUGAGCAGUUGUUAAUUAAUACAGCCAAUGAGGUUCUUCACCAAAUAUUUUUAAAACACGUCAUGAAAAGUGAACAGGAAGAGUACGAGAAAGAAGGAGUCGAAUGGAAAGAAAUUAGCUUCACUGACAAUACAGAUGUUAUAGACUUAAUAACAAAAUGCCAUAAAGAAUCAACAACCAGCAUAUUCCAUAUCCUGGAGGAUGAAGCAUCAAUUUCUCCAGGCACCGACUUGACAUUAGUGCGCAAGUUAAACAAAAAUUUCAGCGAGAAUCAAUAUUACCGCGCUAAAACUGAAACAGACUUACUAUUUGGCAUUGUUCACUAUGCAGAUACGGUAAUGUACAGUGCUGUCGGCUUCAGAGAAAAGACAAAAGAUACACUGUCCAGAUGUUUGAAAAAUGUCAUCCAGGAAAGUAAAAACCCAUUAUUGAUACGCUAUUCAAGUAUUGGAAAUUCAGGCAAAAUUGGUGUGCAGCGUGACUCAUUCAGAACCAAAGAUGCAGGAAUAAAAAGAAACGAAUCAGUUACCAAGCAAUUCAGAACGUCCCUACGUCAACUACAAACCAAACUGAACCAAUCAAAUCUAAUGUUCGUACGCUGUCUUAAGCCCAACGCCCAUCUGAAGCCAAACAAAUUUGAUAACCGGUGUAUGAGUGCCCAACUGAAGGCUUGUGGACUUGCCGAAGCUGCCAGCAUUCGAAAAGAAGGCUACCCAGUAAGAAUGACUUUCACAGCAUUUGCAAACAGAUAUGAAAAUAUAUCCGAACCAAACUUUAACUUUACAGAUAGCCACGAAAAAUGCGUGCAUAUUAUCAAUGUUUCAGGGAUCCAUAAAUACCAUAUCGGUAAAACAAAGGUCCUGUUGAACUACAAAGAAAAGGAAGUAUUAGAACGCUUAAAGAAACAACGUGAAAAGAUCAUAAGUAUUCCUCCGUCUGGCAGAUCAUCUUUUUCUAGCAAUUGUCGAAUUCAGGAUUUAGGCAGAAAUUCAAAUAGAAUCUCUAAAGCAAAUACUCAUAGGAGUAUGAUUAAUUUGGAGGUGCCUCAGUCAGUAUUCCUACCUGAAAAAGAAGAAAUAUCCGAAAAUAAGGAGUCACCAUUUGAAGAGAUGGAUGAAUCAAAAAUACCGGCCUACGACGCUUUCCGUGAAACAGAGAGAGAUAUCGACGAGGACAACGACUUCUUCACAAAAUUGCUGAAAGUUUUCCGUUUCCUGUUUUAUAUAUUCACAAUUUGUGGGAUAUUAAUAUCUGCCGUAUCAAACCGCAUGGGUUUACUUUUACUUGCUGGAUCCGAUAAACCAACAGAGAAAGCUAAACUAUUCAUUUCACUUGGAAUACCAAUGGUAUUUUCCUGGGGAAGCAAUGCAAUGAAAUGUGCAUUUCGGGGAAAAGUCAAACCUUCUUGGAAAUCAUACAUAUUUAUUGUAAUGUCUUUCUUCGUAUGCAACAAAGAAUGGAUCCCCAAGGACACGUUUACGGUGACAUUUCGCUGCUGCAAACUGGACUUUCCUAACGAACUCCUCACACCAGUCAUAAUUAUUGCAAUCAUUUGGCUUACCACAAUGGUUAUUGUUGCUCAUAUAUGGUACCCUGAAUCGGAACGUAUGGCACUUUUUAGCAAAUUGUUUGUUCCGCAGUUUGAUCCGUUGUUACUUGAUCUCUCUUUGCUGCUUCGGAGGCGGCAAGACCACAAAGAAAAUAAAGAAAACAAAGAAAAUAAAGUAAAGGUUGAUAAAGAAAGCCCGAAUGAGAAAAGCCGACCGAAAUUACUUGUGUGCGCUACGACAUGGCAUGAAACGAGACAAGAAAUGGUACAGCUUCUAAAAUCUCUCUUUAGGUUGGACAAACAACAGAUUGUAGCGAAGAUUUCAAAGCAGAUUGCAGCGAAAAACGAAUGGGAGAAAAAAGAAAAUGACGGUUACGACCUUGAAAUUCAUAUAAUUUUCGAUGAUGCCUGGGAAAUUGACGAGGUUAGCAAACAGGAAAUACCAAAUGGUUUUGUAAAGGAAUUUGUUUCCUUAAUCCCUGAAGCUGUUAUGUCUGUUGCGAAAGGACACGUCCCUUUGGGACCCAUAAAAAAAGUUACAACUCCGUACGGGGGAAGAUUGGAAAUAAAAAUGCCAGGGACAACCCCAAUGAUAAUUCAUUUGAAAAACAAAGACAAGAUUCGUCACAGAAAAAGAUGGUCUCAGGUGAUGUAUCUUUAUUACUUGUUGGGAUUCAAAACGUUUGGUGACAAGAAAUCUGUUGAAGAUCUUAUCCCAAAAAACCAGUCAAAGAGUUCCAAAGUCAGAAGCAACGUUUCCAUCCUGAACCACCUACCGACAGAGGAGUAUAAAAAAAUUGAAAAUACAUUCUUACUUACAUUGGAUGGAGAUGUUGACUUCAAACCAGACUCAGUGAAACUUUUAAUCGAUAGAAUGUUGAAAAACAAAAAAGUUGGUGCUGUUUGCGGACGAAUCCACCCAAUUGGUUCCGGCCCAAUGAUUUGGUAUCAACAAUUCGAGUAUGCAGUGGGUCAUUGGCUCCAGAAAGCUGCUGAACACGUUUUUGGAUGUGUUCUUUGUUGUCCCGGAUGUUUUUCACUUUUCCGUGCAUCAGCUGUUAUGGAUGACAAUGUUAUGAGGGCAUACACGAAGAAGCCUAUUGUUGCCCGUGACUUCAUUCAAUAUGAACAAGGCGAAGACAGAUGGCUUUGCACUCUGCUGUUACAACAAGGCUACAAGAUUGACUAUUGUGCUGGUGCUGACGCCUACACCUUCGCCCCGGAGAAUUUCCAUGAUUUCUACAUUCAGAGACCUAUCCGAUUAUAUGUUUUUAUGUUUCUCUCACUUCCGCUCGUUGGGAAAUCACUUAUAUUGAAACGAGAUAUUAAUUGA